CGCACUUCGACACCGACCACGUCGUCGUCCCAGGCUUGAGACGGUUUACUUCAGUCUGGACACUUUACUCCAUGACCGGCACCACCGUCAGACACCAGAACUGAAAAAAACCUCAACAUGGAAACCCGCCCAGAGAGAAAACCAAAGAAGCCACAUUAUAUUCCACGUCCUCCCGGCAAGCCCUUCAAAUACCAGUGCUUCCAGUGUCCCUUCACCUGCAACAUCAAGUCUCAUCUCUUUAAUCACAUGAAGUACAACCUCUGCAAGAACUCUAUCUCUUUGGUGUCUCAGCGUGGGGAGCAGACAGGAAGAGCUUCCAGAGCUCCACAGCACAGCACUUCCUCAAAUCAAGGACACACAGAACCCUCGAUGCCUGCAAAACCCAGCCCUAUCCGUCCAGACCACCCGAACAGCAAAACUAAAGUGGUGGAAAAGCUGGACAAGUUGGUGGUCCAAGAGGUAGAGGGGGAAGAUGAAAAGGAUGAAAAUGAGAAUCAUGUAAAGAAAAUUAGAGAAAAUCCCUCUGAGCUGAUCAGCAGUGAAUGCAGAGAUCCAGGAAGUGUUGAGAACUCGUUAAAGUGCACUUCAUCAUCCGCCUUUUCUCCAGUUCAACGGAAAUCUGAAAAUGAAGCUCCGCCUUUACGUAAAGCAGAUCAACCCUCGUCACAUAUUCCUGCCCGCGCUUCUUUCCACCCUGGGCCACCGUGGGGGCAGCGAGCUACUUCUGCACCCCUCAAACCCCCUGCAGAUUACCCAGCAUACAUACUUCCAAGCACGCAAGCUUUUUACCAAACCUACUUGCAGAAUCAAAGCAUCCCUCCAGCCUACUGUCUAAGCCUACAAGAGCACAACAGACCCCUUGUGCCAGCACCUCUGAUCCCACCCAAUCAUCCGUCUCUCCUGCAACCAUACCCCUACAGAUACAGCCACCCUUUUCUUCAAGUUCCACCCUUACCCUAUGGGGUUUAUCCUCCUGAACACAUGCAGUCCUUACAGGGCUCGAGGUACAUCCCCAUGGAGAUGUUUGCCCAUGGUUUUGAUUCCAGGGAGUAUGGAAGGUAUGCAUACCUCCAACCUGGAUCCUACAGCAGGCCGUCAGAAGCCAGAGGGAACCAACUGAAUGUAGGAGACAGGGCCACUCGGCAAAGCCCAAUGGCUGGCUGUGCUGCGUCAGGGUCUCCGGAUAGACCGAGCAUUGCAGAUAUCACACAGCACCAUUCCAACAACCCACAGUCUACCUGCCAAUCAGAAUGCACCAAUUCGGGAAAGGGAUUAAUGACAGAACCAGAGAGAUUGAGGCAUCUGUGUAGCAAACAGAAAGAGAACAGUACGCAAAAGCAAAAAAGAGACAUUGUGGAAAAUACUACUCCCAGUUCUGUGCAAUGCUCAGGCUCCUUAUCAGAUGAAGCUGAGGAUGAAGAUAGUGAUGAUCCAGCCAGUCCUCUAAACCUAUCAAAAAGAGACCGGAACAAAUCUGAUGACGAGCUCAAGUCCGAGUCAGAAUACAAUGAUGAAGACGCACCUCUAGACCUCUGCCUCCGAGCGAAGUCUACCAACCAGUUCCAGACAAGUGCUACCAUGUGUUCAGAAGAUCUCCCUGACCAAGUCAGUGUCAGUCAGGCUCAGAUAACCCCAUCCGAGCAAGAACAGUGUGACCGCAGACACUCUGCAGCGUUUGCGCUCUGCCAGCUGGCCAGCUCCAGCAACAUCAAUACCCCUGAACACCCUGUAGAACCACGCACGGAGACUCAAAGUCCAGGUCAUGGGCCUGCCCAAGACCAGGCUCCUAAUGACGAGACGACUGAGAAGAACACUGCCGCCAAGGGGCAGAAACGAGCAAGCAACGAGGCAGCAAAGACAUCCAGCAAAAGGGUGAGGUUGAACGAGACAGUCCGGGACAAGAGAAGGAGAACACAGAACUGUUGAUUGGUGUUCGGAAAGGGACGUUUCAGGAGCUGCCAGUUUCAUAUGUGAGCUUUUGAGCCGGUGAAUGAUGAGUCCCAACCAUAGACUUACCUUUUAUAUGCAUGUUUUGUAAAAAGCUUUUCUUGCAUGCAGUAAGACAGAAUACAGAGUGCAUGCUUAAACUGUAUAUCGUUACAUUUUAUUUCUUUGUAUUGACUAAAUAAAUAGUGUUUGUAAAAUA